AUGGCUGGAUGGUUCGACCGCUCGGGCAUCAAAGAGGGCAAAAUCCCUGCUGUUGAGGUCCAAGUAGCUGACCGCAAACCGCAUCAAUUCUACCUCAACCAGGACAACACCACUAUCAAAGACUCCUUCCACUCCAAGAUCCACGUCGAGUCCGCCUCUCUCUUCGACGUCGGCAUCUUCAAAGACACGCUUGCGCCUUCUCUUGCAUUGCACUCCGGCUUCGCCGUCAUCGCCUGGGGAGCUGCCCGCUACACCAACCGUGUUGAAGCCAAAGACUGGAUUUGGCCCAGCGGACAGGUCGUCAAUGCGUGGUGGUCUGCCGUUGGACGUCGCGUGUAUGCUGGAUUCACCCUCUCCCAAGCUCUGAAUCGCUUGUCCUGGCAUGAGCGUCUCGUUCUAACUGGCGUCACGCUUUGGGGCGGCCGACUCUUCUACCGCGUUGCCUCUCGCUCCAUCAAACGUGGUAAAGACGACCCCAGGUAUGACGAGGUCAAGAAAGAGGAUGACUUUUGGACCAAAUCUCUCCUCACGACCUUCCUCCCUGAAGCUCUCAUCCAAAGUAUCAUCAGCUUGCCCUUCACUGCGCCGUUCCGACAUGAGGGUGCUGUCCUGAUGGGGUACCACCCGUACGUCCAGAUGGCUGCUGUGGGUAUCUUCUCUGCUGGGCUUGCUCUUGAGACGAUCGCCGAUUAUCAACUCGAUCAGCACAAAAAAGAGGGCAAAGGCGGUCUGACCAAGGAAGGCGUUUGGAGCAUUGUCCGCCAUCCGAACUAUCUCGGCGACACAUUCGUCCACCUCUCCUUCAUCGUACUUCUCUACGGCUCCGACAUGCUUGCACCUGUUGAGCUCCUCGGCCCUCUUGCCAACUACCUCUUCCUGCGCUACUUCGGUGGAGACAAGGAGAACGAAGCUAGCCAGACGCGUCGAUACUCCAUGUCAGACCCCGAGAAGCUGAAGCAGCUGGAGCAAUUCCGCAACGAGAAGAACUCGUUCUGGCCCGCUGCGAAGGAAUUGAGCAACCACUGGCUUUGGACUGUGCUCGGAUUUGGUGCACUCGGAAUUGCCAUUGAGGAGGGAUUGAGGACACUGCACUGA